GCCCAGUCUUCCCGGACUGUGUCGCUAUCUAAACCAUCCACCUCGCAUUCGACGCGUUAGGAGUCAACUUGGAUUCCUCAUCUCCAUAGCUCUGCACGUAGCUAUGUCUUCACAGUCGAAGCACUUCUUGAACGACCCUGAGACCCUCGUGGUCGACUCCCUUCAGGGGCUUUGCACUCUCAACCCGCAACUAGGCCUUGAUAAAGAGAACAAAGUUGUCUAUGUUGCCAACCAGGAUCGCUCGAAGGUCGCGCUUAUCUGCGGGGGUGGAUCGGGUCAUGAACCGUCGCACGCGGGGUUCGUAGGCGACGGAAUCUUGACUGCUGCCGUUUGCGGUAGCAUCUUCGCCUCCCCCAAUCCUGCCCAGGUGCGGCGUGCUAUCGACCUUACCGAGAACGAUAAGGGUACCGUCAUCAUCGUCAAGAACUAUACCGGAGAUAUCCUGAACUUCGGUUUGGUAAGAGAGCAGUAUUCGGCCCAGCACCCUCAGAAGGCAGACAAGGUCAAGUUUGUGAUCGUCGGGGAUGAUGUUGCUGUCGGUAGGACACAGGGUAAGAUUGUCGGCCGCAGAGGUCUUGCUGGUACUUGCAUUGUGUACAAGAUAGCCGGUGCUCUGGCCAAGAGGGGAGCCAGCCUCGAUGAGGUCCACGACACCGCACAAUGGGUCUCCUCGCAUGUUGGAACUAUUGGCGUUGGCCUGGAACAUUGCCACGUCCCUGGAACAGCUGCACCGGAGUCGCACCUUGGUCCUGACGAAAUCGAGAUUGGAAUGGGUAUUCACAACGAGCCCGGUCAUCGCCGACUCUCUCCAGUCCCUCCUCUCAAUGAGCUCUUGCCCCAACUCGUGGAAUUCCUCACCUCCACAACUGACGCCGAGCGUUCUUUCCUGCCCUUCAAGAAUGACGGCAGCGAUCGCGUCGUGCUUCUCGUCAACAAUCUCGGCGGCGUCAGUGAGCUCGAGCUCGCGAGCAUCGCAGGCGAAGCUCGCAAGGCUCUGGGGGCCAAGGGCGUGAAGGUCGAGCGGCUGAUCUCCGGGACAUUCAUGACCAGUUUGAAUAUGCCCGGUUUCUCUAUAACGACUCUCCUUCUCCCCGCCUCAUCCGAGUCCGGCAAGGGUACUCCCGACAGCUCCCUCCUCCUCUCUCUUCUUGACGAGCCUGCGAUCACUCCCGGCUGGAAGUGGUCAUCAAACUCCGUCCCUCCUGAGACUGACAAAAUUCCAUCUGGGACGAAACAUGAGGAGGCGGUGACAGCCGUGCAGGACGGCGUUACCAUCCGCGCCGAAGAUCCGAAGGCGUUCGAUGCGGCGGUCGAGAGGGCUUGCAAGGCGCUGGGCGAGGCUGAGCCCGAGAUCACGCGCUACGACAACAUCGCCGGAGACGGAGACUGUGGGCUAACGCUUAAGGCGGGCGCUGCCGCUGUGCUCAAGGACCUAAAGGAAGGACGGAUCACCGGGGAGCACGUCCCGAAGUCCGUGUUUGCGGUUGCGAAGGUCGCCGAGGAGCAGAUGGGCGGAACGAGCGGAGCAAUCUACUCAAUCUUCUUCUCUGCACUUGCACUGGGCUUGCAGGCGCAACACUCCCAGUCUCAAACCAUCACUCCAGAGAUCUGGUCCUCCGCGCUCUCGUUUGCGCUCGACAAGCUGUACACGUACACUCGUGCACGGCCGCCAUCCCGGACGCUCGUUGAUCCGCUUGCUGCGUUCAUCGAGACGCUUGCCAGCGGCAAGGGAUCGAACACGGCAGAGGCCGUCAAGGCGGCAGCGGAUGCGGCGCUGAAGACCCGGGAUCUUGAAGCGAAGGCCGGUCGUAGUGCGUACGUCGAGGGCGACAGAUUGAAGCAGGAGCGCAUCCCCGACCCAGGCGCGUGGGGCGUAAAGGUUGUGCUCGAGAACUUGCUUCAAUAAGCGAGGGGUGACGUUUGGAGAGUUUGGAAAACAAGAAUGUAUUGAAGACGAGUCAACCGUCGUCGUGUAUGACUACCGUAUAUACACAUGUCGUUGCCUGCGGAACGCUUGCUUUGAUAACAGAGGCUGCUCGUGGGUUUCCAGAGCAA